UGUUUAUUCUUGUUAAACUCUGCACCACCAACUAGUCACGUCUCCAACGUGUUCAGGGGGGGAAAUGAUGACCAACAUGUUGUGCAUGCAGGAUCUGUAGAUGGGAUCGUCUGGCUGACUGGCUGACGGUGGAGAGGGAGUAAACUCCACCCAGCUCAGCAGAUAGGAUCUCGGGCAGGCGGAGCAGCUUGCGCCGACAGGGCUCAGGCUGGUUGGUCGGGACGCCUGACACAAAGUCCCGCAGAAAAACUUCAGAGAGAGAGAGAGAGGGGGCAAAGUCCAACCUGAGAGAGAGAGAGACAUGUCAUUUUAAAAAAGAAAUGCUCCAAAGAUGGCGGUGGUAACAGCGACGGGAGUCCCAGGUGCCUGCGGAGUGCCAAAAAGUGGCUUUGUGGAGGUUUUGGUGAAGGAGCGGUGGCACAAAGUUUUGGUCAACUUGAACGAGGAAGCGCUCACGUUAAGCUGCGAGGAGAGUAAUGGUAACGACGACGUGAACUCCAACGGCGUUAGCAACGGAUGUUACCUUGACAACAUCAACACCAACUCCAACAACGGUCCCCAGCAGGCUGUGCGCACCGCGUUCACCGACCUACCGGAGAGAGUACCGGAGGCGAUCGCCAACAGAAAGCGGUGCGUAAAGGUGUCCAAGCAGGAGGUGGGAGGACUGGGGAUCAGCAUUAAAGGAGGGAAGGAGAAUAAGAUGCCCAUCCUCAUCAGUAAGAUCUUCAAGGGGCUCGCUGCGGACCAGACUCAGGCUCUGUACGUCGGGGACGCCAUCCUGUCCGUUAACGGAGGGAACCUGAGGGACGCGACCCACGACGAGGCGGUGCAGGCGCUCAAACGGGCCGGCAAAGAGGUGACACUGGAAGUGAAGUACAUGCGCGAGGCCACGCCGUACGUCAAAAAGGGCUCCCCUGUGUCAGAGAUCGGCUGGGAAACCCCUCCUCCUGAGUCUCCUCGUCUCGGCAGCCCUACCAUCUCCUCCUCCUCUUCCUCAUCGGAGCCUCCGAGCUCUCCUACCCAGCCCUCCCUGUCCCUGCAGGGCGACAGGAGGUGCAUACCUCUCAAGAUGUGUUGCGUAACCCGAGCCAUGACCACACCUGACCCCGAGAACAGACAACUGGAGCUGCACUCCCCUGACGCCAGGCACACCGUGGUGCUGCGGUGCCCAGACCAACCGUCGACCCUGUCCUGGUUCUCUGCCAUGCACUCUGUCACAUCCACACUGGCACAGCGGGCGCUUGCAGAAGUGAUCCAGAACACAGCCAGGACGGGGGUAGCUGGCAGCAAAGAGAUACGACACCUGGGAUGGCUGGCAGGGAAGACCGAGAGCGAAAAGCAGUGCUGGAAGCCGGUGCUGGUGGUGGUGACAGAGAAAGACCUGCUGCUGUAUGAGAGUCUACCACGAGGCAAAGAGGCCUGGCAGAGCCCUGCACACACUUAUCCACUUUUAGCAACACGUCUGGUCCACUCUGGCCCUGACCGGGGAUCGCCGCACUCUGGCACGGAGCUGUUCUUUGCCACUCGGACCGGCACGCGACUCGGCAUCGAGACUCACCUGUUCCGGGCCGAGACCACCAAGGAUCUGUCCCUGUGGACCAGACACAUAGUCAACGGAUGUCACGCCUCAGCCGAGAUGAUCAAAGAAGUCACGACGAGUUGUCUAUACCAGAGCCAGGAGUGCCGGCUGGUGAUUCACUACGAACAGGGCUUCUCUGUGCUGGCUGACCCCAAACUGGGAGACGGGGAAAAUGGGGAGGAGAGAGGGGCUCACACGCCCACCAGGACCCGGGUGCUCCUCUCCUACCCCUACGAAAAACUAAAGAUGUCUUCAGAUGAUGGAGUUCGCAUGCUCUUCCUUGACUUUGGAGGGAAGGAGGGGGAGAUUGGGGUUUCAGGAGGCCUUCUGGGAAAUGAAGCCAAACACAAAGUGGAGACAGGCAGAGGAAAAGUGGUAUGGCAGAAAGUAAAUUACAGUACUUCAUCAUGAAAUAACGAACUUCACACCUAGGUCUUAACAGCAACUGGACCUCCACUCGUGUCCGAAGCCGAUCGUCUUCAUCCUCCACUCCUUCCUCUCUGCUAAGAUCGCCCGGCUGGGUCUGAUGGCCUGACCUCUCUAAAUGGGACGCUUCAUCUCCUUUGAAAACAGAAAUCCACCUUGUUUUUCCACCUCUCUGCAGCCCGCAUGCAGCAGUACACCACGUCAAACUCCUUCAGUCGGGGACCCAAGCUGAGUGAAUGUAGCCUCUAUGUGGAAAUUGACCUUUUUUGGAGUCUCCAACUCCAAGUUAAUGAAACACUGGAGAAACCAAUUCAGGUUGGUUUUGCUUUGAAUGAAAUGGACUGAUGUUUUUAGGGGGAUAAACCCUCCAUUUAAGGGCUGCAUGGACUGAAGUGUUGACUGAAGAACCACAGAAGAAAACAUGGACAGGACUAGAAGCAGAGGGAUGAUAUAUACAGACAAGAGGGACACAGAUUGGGCAUUACUGUCACGUCCAGGAUUUGAAGGACUGGACACGUGCGGCACGGUUGAGAUGGAUUCACUUUUAAUUCAAUCAAAAUGUAAUAGCAAACUGCCUUCCAUUUACCAAUCAUAUAAUUUAUUCACCAUUAGCUCUGAAGGGACAUUCUGAAUUUCACUCGGGUCAUUUUUCUUCACCAAACACUUGACACACUGUGGAACAACUUUAUGCAUCCGUCUUUGUUAGCGUCACCCUGAAUUGUCUUGUUAGCGGUGUCAGCAUUCAUCAUUGAAACCGACGGGUACAAUCAUCCGCACAGUUUCCCACAAUGUGACAGCUGACUCAAUCCAAUUCAAAAUAUCACAGUAUUCUUUUAACAGGUUGCAUACUGUGACCAUCCGGUGGUCAAAGUAUUUCAGUGUUUGACUGAUUUGACAGUGAUUUGAAGUCAGUUCUAA